AUGGGCCGUAUUCGCCGCACUUUGCUUCAAGGGCUGCUAUUUGCCUCCUCACUUUCGUCUUCCUACAUGGCCUAUGCCGCAGCAGGCAUUCUCACCAAUUGCAAAUCGCCAGCGGUGGUAGUUCUAACUGGGUCAAUGGAACCUGGCAUUCAUCGCGGCGACCUCUUGUUCCUCAGCAACUGGUCGCCCCAAGAAUAUCAGAACGGUGACAUUACGGUCUAUGAAGUUCCCGGACAGAUGGUCCCCAUUGUCCAUCGCGUGCUGGAGAUGCGUGAAUCUGGAGCGAGUCCUCGCAGAUUCAUGACCAAGGGUGACAACAACGAUGUGAACGACAUUUCGCUCUACAACGGUCUUGAGUGGCUCGAGCCGGAGCACCUUGUUGGGAAGGUGCAAGGCAUUAUACCCUACGUGGGAUACGUCUCUAUCAUCUUUAACGAAUACCCUCGUGUUCGUAAUGCUGUAUUCCUACUGUUGGGUCUGUCUAGUUACAUGGUCAGCGGAUGA